CACACUGUGUGUGCAACUCAGUACAAGUUGAGCUGGAAAGAAGCACACGUUUUCUGUCUUUGCGACUGAGGUUUUGCGUCUGAAUUCGAGAUCAUUUGGGGGAAUAAACGCAGAAGUAGCUUAAAAGGAGGCGACAAGGAGAGCUGCAUAAAGAGCCAAGGCCGGUCGGUGUCUCAGAUGUGAAGUAAGGGCUUCGGGUUACUAUGACGAUCUGAAGUGAUGAAAAAAGAGAAGUGCUCUUAAAGACGAAGCACCCCAUCCAGUUUCUUUAUUCUUCUUUUUUUCUUGAAACGACGACGGAAAGUUUGGUGCAAGAAAACAGCGAGUGAGACGUUCCACCAGCCUAUCGGAGUAAUUCUGGUUGGUUUGUUCUACUGAGUACAUGAAGCUCUCGCAUAUAAUGGCAUUGGUGUUGAAGGACUGUAGCGUCGUAUGUAGACGUUUUUACAGGUGCUAAUGAAGCUAUUAGACGAGCCAGACUGUAUGCCGUGGGGGCUUAAUAACCAAUCCCACCCACUAACGAGGUAACAUAACUCCUGCUCUGUCGGAACAUAAAAACAUCCACUAAACCAUUCUGCUGGGACAGAAUUGACGUUUGAAUCUUACAAUGCCGCCGUCGUCAGGAGAACUGUGGGGCUCCCACUUUAUGCCCGCCAAAAUCAGCAUAGAAUGCCUUCUUCCGACGGGGAUAAUCGUACCGUUGGAAUGUGUUCGUGAGGCGACUUUGGAGAACAUUAAAGCCCUUCUAUGGAAAGAGGCAAAGAAACUACCUCUAUCACAUCUUCUCGGGGAGGCAUCAUCUUAUAUUUUCGUGACUAUAACCCAAGAUGCGGAGAAGGAGGAGUUUUAUGACGAGGGGAGGAGGUUGUGUGACUUGCGCCUUUUUCAGCCGUGGUUAAAAGUCGUGGAACCAGCAGGAAACCGGGAAGAGAAAAUGCUGAAUUAUGAAAUAGGUACUGCCAUCGGUAUGCCCAUCAAUGAAUUUGACUCCAUGAAGGACCCUGAGGUCAUUGAUUUCCGUCGUAACAUCCUCACGCUUUGCAAAGAGGUCGUUGAAGAACGAGAAAUCCAGGGGAAGACGGAACAUGCCAUGUACGUCUAUCCGCCAAACAUUUACAUCUCCCCUGAGCUGCCAAAGCACAUCAUGCAGAAGCUUGAUAGAGGUCGAGUCACAGUUUGUAUAUGGGUCAUCUCAUCCAGCGGCCAGCAGAAAAAGUACACCAGUAAGAUCGCCCACGAUUGCAAACCAGAAGAUAUUAUUGCAGAGACGAUACGAAAACGCACCGAGAGUAUGUCGCUGUCGAUGGCUCAGCAACAACGAUGUGUCGAGGAAUAUAAAGGGACGUACGUUCUGAAAGUCUGUGGAUGUGAUGAAUACAUCAUGGAUGAUUACCCUAUAUCACAGUUUAAGUACAUCCGUCAAUGCAUUCUGCGCAACAAAACCCCACAGCUGAUGUUGAUGUCCCGAGACAGUGUCCUCAACAGCCUGCCAGAGGUUGCCUUCCCAAUACCCUCCUACAUGAGGCGCGGCCCUCCAGCUUUGCCUAGGGAUAACAUGCAGGCCAAGUGCCUGUGGGACGUCCAUGACCCGUUCAGGGUGAAGAUCAAUUGUGCAAUGUAUGUAAACGUCAAAGAAUUAGACAAGAUAUAUGUCCGAUCAGGAAUCUACCACGGCUCGGAAUCACUCUGCACCCAAAUGAUGACGGAACAUGUUCCGUGUUCAAAUCCCCGCUGGAAUGAAUGGUUAAAGUAUGAGCUGCGUAUACCAGAUAUUCCAAGGAGUGCCAGACUCUGUGUGUCCAUCUGCUCAACGAGUAAACGGAGGGGCAAGAAAGAGGGUGGAUGUUGCAUAGCUUGGGGUAAUGUCAACUUGUUUGAUUACACCAACCGCCUCCAAGCAGGCAAUCUCCGCCUCUACCUCUGGCCCCUCCCUCAGGGGCAUGAUGAGCUUCUCAACCCAUUUGGCCAGACGGGUUCGAAUCCUAACAAAGAUGCUCCGUGUCUUGAGCUUGAGUUUGACCGCUUCAAGUACAGCCUGGUGUUUCCACAAUUCCAGGAGAUCAGCGAAUAUGCCAUGUAUGUGGCUCCACAGUACGACACAACCUCCGUCUUUGAUUCAUUUGAAGACCCGUCAGAGGAAGAAGCCAAACAGCUAGAUGAAAUAAUUAGACGAGAUACGCUACAUGAAAUGUCGGAACAAGAUAAAGAACUGGUCUGGAAAUACAGGAGGUAUUGUCGAGAGAGACCCAACUCCUUGCCAAAGUUGCUCAAUGCAGUCAAGUGGAACUCGAGGGAUGACGUCUCGCUGCUAUACAUCCUCCUGAAGGACUGGGAUCUUGUGGAUAAUGAGACUUCUCUUGGUCUUCUUGACUGUAGCUAUGCUGAUCUUGGGGUUAGGACGUUUGCUGUAGAAUCCCUGGAACAGAAUCUGACUGAUGAAGAACUUCUGCAGUAUAUUCUGCAGCUUGUACAGGUGCUGAAGUAUGAGUCAUAUCUAGACAACCCACUGGCUAGAUUUCUCAUGAGAAGGUCCCUCUACAACCAAAGAAUCGGUCAUUUCUUCUUCUGGCAUCUCAGAUCGGAGAUGCACAAGCCCAAAGUGAGCCAGCGUUUUGGUCUGAUGUUAGAAGCCUAUUGCAGAGCGCUAGGACCAUACCUCAAACUCAUAGUCAAACAGGUGGAAGCUAUCGAUAAAUUGACAAACCUAACGAUAUCACUCAACGAGAGAAAAGAUGACACGAGUAAAGAUCGUUUGAAGUACCUAUCUGACCAGAUGCAGCAAGCUGACUUUAUUGAUGCCCUCCAACACUUCCCACUCCCACUCAAUCCUAACUUCACUCUGGGCAAACUCAAGGUAGAAGACUGCCGUAUUAUGUCAUCAGCAAAGCGCCCUCUAUGGCUGGUAUGGGAGAACCAGGACUUCAUGGCCGAGGCAAUGUUUGAUGACAUCAAGGUGAUAUUUAAGAGAGGGGAUGAUCUUCGUCAGGACAUGUUGACUCUACAGAUUCUUGAGAUUAUGGACAACAUCUGGCAAAUGAAUGGUUUGGAUCUCAAGAUGCAACCCUAUAAAUGUCUAGCUUCGGGCAAUGCUACUGGCCUAAUUGAAGUAGUCCGUAAUUCGCUCACAAUCUACGACAUCCAACACAAAGCUGGCAUUAUGGGAACUCUGCAACUAAAGAGUAGCGUUCUUCACCAGUGGAUACGAGAGAAGAACAAAGGACUACAAUAUGACGAUGCCAUAGACUUGUUCACCAAGUCCUGCGCUGGUUACUGCGUGGCUACCUUCAUCCUUGGUAUAGGGGAUCGCCAUAAUGACAACAUCAUGGUCAAUGAGAAUGGACAGAUUUUCCACAUUGACUUUGGUCAUUUCUUGGGACACAUUAAGAAGAAGUAUGGCAUUAAGAGAGAGAGGGUGCCGUUUGUUCUGACUGAAGACUUCUUACGGGUCAUUACCAAGGGCAAUGACAUCAACAAGAGUCCCGAGUUUAAGAAGUUCCAGGAGCUAUGUUGCUCUGCCUACCUCAUUCUCCGCCGUUCAGCCAACCUCUUCAUCUCGCUCUUCUCCAUGAUGCUAGCAACAGGGAUCCCAGAGCUGCAAUCCAUCGACGACAUCUCGUAUCUCCGCAAGACGAUGGCCGUCGAGAAAGCCGAGAAAGAAGCAGUGGAAUACUUCAUGAAACAACUCAAUGAUGCCCAUGGAGGAGGAUGGACGACUAAGAUGGACUGGUUGUGUCAUGCCCUAAAACACGGAAUCUAAGAAUCGGGAUGGUUUUCCUGGUUUUAAAGUACUUCCCUCUGUCUAUUCGUGACUCGAGUCAAGACACCAGCCACCCUGAGAGCUUCUACGUCAACAUCUAUGCAAAACAUGCACUGAUGGAUACCUGAGCAAGUUUGUACAGUCUUCUCAACUUUUAUUCCUUCAUUCACUCGUUUUAUUUUUAUUUUUUUAUAUUUGUUUAUUGAUGUAUAUUUUUAUGAUUUUUUGGGGAUAUUCGGAAUGAUCACAUCGGGGAAAUCAUUGUCGGGGUUCUAUCUUGUUUGAAUUGAGCAAUCCAUCAAGCUCUGUCCCUUUCCUAAACUGACAAAUCAUUGUCUUGUUUGGGCUCUCAACAAAAGAAAAUAUGUUAAAAUAUACAAGCAGACUUUUGGGUUUACUAGGUGGCAGCAGACUUACAAGGUAAAGUUAAUGUUCCCAGGAAAAUGCGCAUGCUCAGAACGACAUAAAGAAAUGCCCAUCCAUAAUGAGCUUUGGUCUGUGUUAUAGUGGGCAGUGCACAAUGGAUCUUGCUGUUUCUCUGAAGCAAUUAGUUACAAACAAGUCAUACCAUGUCCUAAAUAUCGAAACUAAAAUUGCCAAAGGCAGCAAGUUGAAGAAGCCUGUCAUAGAGGUAGGAAACAUGCACUACAUUAUCCAAAACAAAUCGAUUGAUCAAUUGUUAGAAAUAAAAGGUGCCAAUGCAUCUGUUGUUGCUCACAGCACAAACAGUAAACGCUAAAAAAACGUGUAGAAUUUAAGUCAAGAUCUGAAAAUGGAUGAAUUCAUGUUCUGAUGAAGAUGGCUCCACAAUAAAGGUGCAGCUAUAGAGAAGGCAUGACCCAAGCCGCCCCCCCCCCCCCC